AUGGCGGCCAUAGUGGCAAGCCAGGCCCUGAUAUUUACCAGCUUCUCUAUCAUAAGGCAAUCCAUGGCUUUGGGGUACUUCCCUCAGAGUGGUUGGGUUUCUUUUGUUGUAUCUGCAUUUUUCUUCAUAAUCAUAUUGUUAUGGACCUAUGGGAGGAGCAAGAAACAUGAGUAUGAGGUUGAGCGCAAGUUGAGCUUGGUCGAUCUCCAACAACUCGCCUCCAAUACCGAUGUCUCUUAUGUUCCUGAUAACAUAUUAUACACUUCUUCGAAGCACGAGGAGCAGGUCUACUCCCCUGACGUGAAAUAUUUCCUCAUAGUCUUCUCCAUCCUCAUCGUUGUUGGAUUCAAGGGAGGUGGCGAAAUAGGAAAUGCAUAUGGGGUUGGUGUGAUUUGGGUCAUGCUCAUCACCACAUGCUUUAUGACAGCGGUGAUGUUGGUUGUAUGGGACACCGACAUCAUGCUCAUAGGCAUCUUUUUCUUACUCUUCAUCUCCAAUGAGGGUAUUGACCUGACCUCUCUUCUCAAUAAGAUGUCGCAAGGUGGUUGGGUUUCUUUUGUUGUGUCUGCACUUUUCCUCAUAAUCAUAUUGUUAUGGCCCUAUAGGAGGAGCAAGAAAUAUGAGUAUGAGGUUGAGCGCAAGUUGAGCUUGGUCGAUCUCCAACAACUCACCUCCAAUCUCAAUGUAUCUUGUAUUCUUGGUGUCCGUUUCUUUUGCACGGAUCUCAUUAAUGGUAUCCCACCCAUAAUUCGACACUACAUUCAAAAUGUUGGUUCCUUGCAUCAAAUCAUGGUAGUAGUCACGGUCCGAAUUCUCUCUAUAACUUCAGCCGUAUCUGAGGAGCGCUUCCUUAUUGGAAAGUUAGGACCAAAUGGGGUCUAUAGGUGCCUAGUGCAUUAUGGAUACAUGGAACAUCCUAGCAUGGAGGAUGAUGAGUAUGUGGCAACGGUCAUUGAGAAGCUCAAGGAAUUGGCAGAGAGCAAUGAGGAGUUGCAAUUGUUAGAGACAGGGAAGAUAGAGGAAUGGCCUUUGUGA